UGUGUCCCGGCGGCGCCCGGUCCGGACAUGCUGCCCGAGUGCCUGUCGGCGGAGGGCGAGCAGCGCUGCCGGCGGCUGCUGGCGGGGGCCACGGCCCGGUACCGCGCGCGGCCCGCGGCGGCCGCCGUGCUCGUGCCGCUGUGCUUGGUGCGCGGGGCCCCGGCGCUGCUCUACACGCUGCGGUCCAGCCGCCUGGCCGGGAGGCACAAGGGCGACGUCAGUUUCCCAGGUGGCAAGUGUGAUUCCACUGACCAGGAUGUGGUGCACACAGCCCUGCGGGAGACACUGGAAGAGGUCGGCCUGGCCGUGCCUGAACAGCAGGUGUGGGGGAUCCUGCACCCCGUGUCCGACCAGCAAAAAGCCACUGUGGUGCCCGUGCUCGCCAGCGUGGGCCCCCUGGACCCCCAGAGCCUCAGACCCAACCUGGAGGAGGUGGAUGAGGUGUUUGCGCUGCCCCUGGCCCACCUGCUGCAGGCACAGAAUCAGGGCUAUACCCACUUCUGCCAGCGUGGUCACUUCCGGUACACACUGCCUGUCUUCCUGCACGGGCCACACCGCAUCUGGGGGCUCACAGCUGUCAUCACCGAGUUCACCCUGCAGCUGCUGGCACCAGGCACCUACCAGCCCCGACUGGCUGGCUUUCAGGUGCCCAGGAGCUGAGGACCUGGCACCAGCAGCCCCCACCUUCGCCUGGCCAGGCUGGUUCCAUUCCAGGACUGAAUAAAGAGCCAUCUCCAGCUCUGUGGCUCUUGCUCCUUCCACACUGGGGCUGUGACCUGGGCAGAACCCACUGGACAGCUGGCCUCCUGCCUGGGGCCUCUACUCAGUCACACUGUUACCCACGGCAGGGGCCAUUUACUGAGUGCUUACCGUGUGCCAGGCAUGGUGUCACAUCUCUCAUUUCACCCUCAUAGCAGCCCUGUGGAGCAGGGCCAGAACUGCCCCCACCUGGCCAGGCUGGGCUCAGGGAGGACAGACACCUUGCCCGAGGCUACCCCAAGCUGGGGUUUGAGCCAUGUCUCUGGCUUCAGAGCCCAAAAUCCCAGUCACUGGCUAUCAGCCUCUGGGCCUGGCUGACCAUGUGCUGGGGGCUCCAGGAAUCGAGAGGAGUGAGGUGAACCCACCACCCUGCAUUUUGUUGUAAAGCUCCAAUACAUCGAGCCCCUACCUUGUGCCAGGUGCUGAGCUCAGGACACAUCUGAGAACCAGCCAGAUGUUCUCCUGUCCAGGGCGGGGGGUGCUCACAGUCUGGGGAGACCUUGGACCAGGUAUUAGUAUGGUUAUACAUUGUACAUUAUACACAGAUAAUAGUGCGAUUACACAUCCAUGAUGGAGACCAGGGUUCCGUGAGAGGGCUGAGGGGGUGGAUGGUCCAACUGGAACAUGGUGGUCAUGGCAAGUGAUCGAAAACUCCACCCACUAACUGACUUUGCAAAAGGGAUUGUGGUUACAAAAUCCAGCGAUAAGGUAGCUUCAGGCAUGGCUGGAUCCAGGAGCUCAGGGUCUCCUAUUCCCUUGUGCUUUCCACUGCUGGCCUCAUGCUAAAGAGAUCAUUUACUCCAGAGGGGUGAGAGAUGAGCUUCCCAUCAACAGAAAACAGCUUCUCUUUCCUGCCCAGGCUAACCCACAGUUAUACUUCAUUGGUCUGCCUUGGGUCACAUUCCCUCCCCUGAGUCCAUUAAAAGGGCCUCUAGAUUUGGGAUACUUUACUUGACAGGGCUGGAGGCACAGCCCAGGCCUGGGGGGGAGGGGGUUAAACCCCCUGGAUUAAGUAGAAAAAAGGUGGCCCCCAAAGGACAACUGGGGGGGCGAGAAUGGGGAAGGGAUGUUGGGCAAGCAAGACCAGCCAAGGUCGGCUCCAGGGAGUGACCUUGAAACUGAAGGUAAGCAGGAAAGGGCCAGGUCAAAAGGCAGGGGGUGUGGUGGCUUGAUACGUUCAAGAACCCAAGCAAAGCAAUGGAGAUGGUGGUGAGGGGUCUGGAGAGAUGCACAGGGACACAAGGGCCACUGAGCCCACCACAAGGACAAACCACGGAGAGGGUUUUAUUUAAAGCCAGUGGGGGGUGAGGGAAGGAGGGAGGUGAAGUGAUCUAAUUCGUGAUAUUAAAAGCAUGAGCUGGCUAGUGCUCUGGGGCUAGACUGUUGUGGCCUUCCUCCUCCCCUUCCCUUCCCUUCCCCUCGUAUUUCCCUACGCCCCGCCCCUCCUCCCCACGGCCCUGCCCCUCCUUCCCUAGCAACCUUUCCCGACAUCCUUUCUCCUAUAUACCCUUCCCCCCACCACACUCUCCCCUCCCGUUGUCCCCCACGCCCCAUUUGUCGCCUCUGGGCCUCCAGCCUCCAGAGCCACAUGAUGGGGUAAAAAUAACUCCCUUUGAAAGAACGUGUGAAGGGGGCGUGUGGAAGGGGUAGGGAGGCUGAA